AUGGAGGAUAAGACGACCUAUGUGGUGGCUUUUGAGAGUUAUGAAGAGAACACAUCAAUUCUAAUUGUAUGGAAGCUCACUGAGUACAAUCAUGCCGACAACAUGGAUUUCCGAGUAGACUUGGUAUCCUUUGGAAUGACAAAAUUGCAUUUGAGGAAAAGGUUGCAUAUAAGUGAGAAUGAAGGAUACUUCUUGUGUUUUGCUUUUAAGUGAGGUUGGAGGAUAGCUGCAACACUUGAUUAUUGGAUAAUACCUCUGCAUGGGAAAACAAUUUUAUUUUCGAAUUUAUUUAUGUAAGUUUUAUGUACUAUGAAAUGACCAAAUCAAUGAGUUUUUAGCAACACUUAAGCUUGUUUUUUAUCGAUGACUAUAAUGAUUGGUUAUUUAGCAUAUUUAUAUUAAUAAAAUUUGUUCAUCAAUA